AUGACAGCUCCAGCAUCACAAACAGAGCAUCAGCCACGUGACAUCAUCUUCCGAAACUACUCUUCCCAACAAGCAUCAAACUAUGCUGAAGGACGACUCGGGUACUCAGAAGACCUUAUCAAGUUCAUUCUGAAACAGCACAAUUCAACUGGUGGUCGAAAUGGAGUCGUAUUGGACGUCGGAUGUGGACCUGGUCUAGCAACUCGAAUGCUGGCACCGCACUUUGAUGUCGCUUAUGGCGCGGAUCCGGGGAAGAGUAUGAUUGAAAAGGCUCAACAGAUCGGAGGGAUAUCCCAGGCCGGUACUCCAAUCAGGUACAAGUUGAGUGGUGCCGAAGAAGUCGACAAGAUCGAUGGUCUCGAUCAUUCUUCAGUUGAUCUCAUCACCGCGGCCACUGCGGCCCACUGGUUUGAAAUGCCAAAGUUCUGGGAAGCAGCUGCCAAAUUAUUGAAACCAGGUGGUACUGUUGCUAUAUGGACAGUUUUCAGGCAAUCCGACACUUUCGGUGAAAAUACAGUACAGGCUCUCGUUGAAGAUUUUAGAGAAAAUGUGCUUGGUCCCUACAACUCAGAAGGCAGUCAGCUUACGCACGACGGAUAUGUCAACCUCGUCAUGCCUUGGGACGAUCCAGCUACCGCUUCGUUGUAUGACCGUCAAUCGUCUUCCCGCCACGAACUCAGUGCCAAGGAUGGGUAUCUCCCCAAAACCUACAUGUUGGACAAUAAAUCUAGUGAUGUCUCACUAGACGAGAAGCUUCAAAGGUUUGAGAAACUAGUCAAUAGUUUUGGGGCAGUCAAUCGUUGGCAGCAAGCCAAUCCUGAGUUGGUUGGGAAAAAAGACGAUAUUGUCAGGAUUUUGAUGCAUAAGCUUCGAGAGGCAGCCGAAGAGAACGAAGGCUCACUGGACUUGUCAAGUUUGGCAGAAACUUUUGCUAUUGCGGCUAUUAUUGUGAAGAGGGUAUGA